CAUCAACUUUGAACUAAGCUACACAUGUACAGCAUAAAGAUGGGCUCGAAUGUGAAAUUCUGUAUCUCUCAAAUAGCCUUUGUGCUACUGACAAUUUCAAUGUUUGGAGGUCUAUCCUUUGCUGUGUGGAAUCUGAAAUCUGAGAAUGCAAACCUACAGAACCAAAUCUCUGAAUUGCGAGGCUUUGUCGGAGCUAAUCCAAACCCCCACUCGAGUGAUGAAGCCACGGUGAUGGACACACUAAAGCGACUAACUCGACAAUCCAGCUCCUCUCAAAGUGCUACUGAUCUACUUGCUGAUGCUCUGGCAGAACUAAUUGAAAAGAAACUCUACACUAUAAUGGACUGUGCUAGAGAUGACGCUGAUAAUUUAACCGACUGUUCGCUCAAGCCAGGCCCAAAGGGGGACAAGGGAUGCCUGGGUGAUCAAGGUAAAGAAGGCCCUCAGGGAAUGAACGGAGAACCUGGGGUCAAAGGACACAACGGUUACCCUGGUCAUAAAGGGGAGGUGGGUCCAAAGGGUCCUAUCGGCGAUCUCGGCCCAAUGGGGCACCGAGGGGUUAAAGGAGAUAUGGGCGAGAUCGGUCAACGAGGCGAGGCCGGGGUUAAAGGUGACGAAGGUAUGAAAGGAGAAUAUGGUUUCCCUGGACACAAAGGCGAGAGUGGCGGGCCGGGUGCCAAGGGAGUUAAAGGAGAUCGAGGCUUUGGAGGCAAUAAUGGACAAAAGGGAGAGAAAGGAAUGACGGGAGUGCAAGGUCCACCGGGACCUAUUCCCACCACACAACCACCAACUACUGAAGCCAUGACUACACAACCACCAACUGUUCCCUCUGAGAGGUGUGGUGGUCCUGGAUGGAGGAAGGUGGCAUUCAUUGAUAUGACUAAUACUAGCCAAAACUGCCCUCAAGGACUAACACUGACUGGCUACUCAAAACGAUCAUGUGGUCGAACACAUGCAACUUCAUGGAAUUGUUCAUCAGUCACCUUUCCUGUUGGUGGUGGUCAAUACAGUCGAGUGUGUGGGAGAGCUAAGGCUUAUCAAUAUGGUGUCCUGGCGUCAUUUUAUGGGUAUCACAAUUCACGUGGUAUCAAUGCAGUGUACGUUGCUGGACUAAGCUUCACUCAUGGAACACCCAGGACACACAUUUGGACAUUUGCAGCUGGUUACUAUCAAGGAAUCAGUGGUGAUAGUAGCUUUAGAAACUAUCGCUGUCCUUGUAACCCAGGCAACAGCAUCGGCUCUCCUCCUUUUGUUGGUAAUGACUAUUUCUGUGAGAGUGGCGUAAGCUCUCGUUCUGCAGUUACUCCUUACAUGCUUCACCCUGAUGAUCCACUCUGGGAUGGUCAGGGCUGUAUCCAUGGCAACACAUGCUGUCAGUUGAACAACCCACCGUGGUUUAAUAAAACACUACCAACCCCCACAACUGAUGAUAUUGAAAUGAGACUAUGUAUGAGUAGUAGUGCUAGAUCUGCUAACAUAGCUCUUGAACAAAUGGAACUAUACGUCUACUGAUGAACUAGACACUGAACAUUGAUCUGGCUACUGAUUUACAUCGUACAAUUAUAUAAGCUGUAGUUUAUUGAUCAAUGGUAUGAACAAUGAA